AUGAAACGCGAAUGGGAGACGGCCUGGGAAACGGCCAACCACGGCAGGGACCUCUUCAAUCUUGGGGUCCGACCGGGAAAAGGGAUCCUCGACACCCAUAGAGGUACACACCGAGCGAUCAGUUCGGCUAUCACACAGAUGCGUACAGGCAAGAUCGGCCUGAACGCAUACCUCCACGCCAUUAACAAAGCCGACACCGACAAAUGCCAAUGUGGCUACGGGCCGCAGACUGUGCGGCACAUCCUCCUGGAAUGCCGAAACUGGGCGGACGAACGACACCGGAUGUGGGCAGGCAAGCUCCCAUGCGUGGAUAUCAAGCGUGUUCUCUGUAGCCCAUCUAUGGCAGUGCAAGCAGCCAAGAGUUGA